CAACAGCGCACUGUUUACAGGCUGACACUGGUGAAAGCUUGGAAUGUGGAUGAACUCAAAGCCUACGCUGACCUGAUAUCCCUUGGUAAACCAGACUUCAUCGAGGUCAAGGGCGUGACGUACUGCGGUGAAAGCUCAGCCAGCAGCCUCACCAUGGCCAACGUCCCCUGGCACGAGGAGGUGGUGCGCUUUGUCCAGGAGCUGGCCGACCUCAUCCCCGACUACGAAAUCGCGUGCGAGCACGAACACUCGAACUGCCUGCUGAUAGCUCACAAGAAGUUCAAGAUCAAUGGCGAGUGGUGCACCUGGAUCAACUACGGCCGCUUCCAGGAGCUGGUGCGAGAGCACGAGAGGAGCGGCGGGUCCAAGACUUUCACAGCGGCCGAUUACACAGCCAAAACUCCUCGCUGGGCGCUGUUUGGGUCCAGAGAGAGGGGAUUUGAUCCCUCAGAUGUAAGAUACCAGCGGAAGAACAAAGCGAGAGACCUCUCUGGGUGCUGA